AUGAUUACCCAUAUGGUUACACCCGAUUCAACUUCUUCAGCACCAAAUUCGCCUUAUGGAGAAGAUACAAUAAAGUUGAAUUCGUCAGUGAUUAGUUCUUCUUCACCAGCACGAUCUUCAGGUUAUCUACAAAGUCUACAGUUGCAACAACAAUAUCUGCAACUUCAAUUUUUACAACUACAACAACAACAACAACAAGAUCAACAAUUGGCACUACAGCAACAACAAGUGCAACAACAACAAAAUCAACCAUAUGCAAAUCCAUAUUUCCAGACACCAAUAGAUCAAUUAUUUCAAUUUGAUAAUAACCCUAAUACGUCAUUUAAUCCUACCCGUCCACCAAACAUUCAUACUAAUCAACCAUAUGUAUCUCCAUAUUUACACCUGGCUCCACUAACAUCUCAUAGUGAUUUGCAACCACAACCACCCCCGGCACUGUUACUGGAUCUGGAGCUAGGACUUGGAUUGAUGAAACAACAAGAUUCAUUACCACCACCACCACAAGCACCACCACAAGCACAAGCACAAGCACAAACACAACCAACACCAUUAUUGACUUCACAACAUCCAUUCUAUAAUGAAUACAUUAAUGAUAUACCAUCAAGUCAACAUCCAUAUGUAAUUUUCAAUAAUACUAAUGCUGCUCAUUCAACUACAUCAUUACCAAAUUUGGAUACAACAAAUCCAUCAUCAAUUUUACCUCAAUCAGGAUUAACUCAAUCUGAAUAUUAUAAAAUUACCAAUGGUGGUUCCAUAUCUAAUAAUAAUGACCCACAACCAAGUGCAUUUUUAUAUAAUUUGCAUAAUCAUUCUGCUGAUUUGGUCAUGAAUAAUGAUUUAGAAUUUAGUAAUGCAUCUUUUGAAUCUAUUGGUGGUAUAAGUGUAAGUGGUGGUGGUACUAGUGGUGGUGUUGCAAAUGAUUAUAGUCAUACUAAUAUUACACCAAAUUUCACCCAAACUAAUUUGCAUUCUUCAUCUCAACCACCAUCAUUACCAUCACAACAAUCUCAAAAUCAAUAUCUUGAUGUUGUACCACCUCAAGAAUUGACAAAUAAUAUUGCAUUAAAAGCUGAAGCAAAUUCACCUUUAAUUACUGAUAGUGCUAAUUUUACUACUAAUCAACCACCAUUUGAAAAUACCAUUUUAGAACAAUCACCAAUAUUUAGUAAUACUACUAUUUUAUCAAGUAUUGAUGAACAACUGAAAGGGAAAUCUCCAAAUAUGAUUAAUUCCAAUUUACCAUUAUCUAAUUCCACUCCAAAUCACUUAUAUCAACAACAACAACAACAACAACCACAACAACAACAAUCAUCAUCAUCCUCACUGUCAUUGCCAUUGUCAUUGUCAUUGUCAUCACAAGUACGUCAUAAUAAAAUCACCAAAAAAUCAUCAUUAUCAAGAUUAAAUACUUCAUCGAAAAAAAAUUUAAAAGCAAAUUUAGUUCAUUCAUUAUCAACACCAACUGAAUUGAUGGAUGAUAAUAUUGUUACUCCACCGAAAACAAUUUCUCCAUUAUUAAGAAAAAAAACAAGUUUUAUAAAUGUUAAAAAAGAAAAUAAUGAUAAUAAUGAUAAUAAUGAUAAUAAUGAUAAUAUUAAUAAUAAUAUUAAUAAUAAUAUUAAUAAUAAUAAUGAUAUUGAAGAUUCUACUACUGAAAUUAAUUGUUGUAAAAAUUUUAGUAUUGAUAUUGAUGAUAUUGAUGAUGAAGAUGUAUUAUCAGAUUUUUCUCAACCACCACCACCACCACCACUACCACCACCACCACCAAUUGGUGAUACAAUGAAAUCAGGAUCAACUGGAGGAAUUGGAAUUGGAAUUGGAGUUGGACUUGGAAAUGGGGAUAUUUCUGGUUAUAGAUCACUUUCUAAUGCAUCAUCUACUUCAUCACAUGGAUCACAUCAUGGAUUACCAGUAAUGAAUAUAUUUCGUCAUAAUCCUGAUCCUACAAAACCAUUAACUCCAUCACCUAUAUUAUCUACAACAUCAUCUUUUUCAACUUUAUCUAAUACCAAAAUUAUUAAAAAACCAAGAGGUAGAAAAUCGAAAACAAAAAUGAAUAAAUCUUCAACUACAACUGCAACUGCAACUGCAACUACAACUACAGAAUCAUUGGCUUUGAAUGAGAAAUUACAAAGCAAGAAUUAUGAUGAUGAAGAUAAUGAUCAUGGAAAUGAAAAUGAAAAUGGAGAUGCUUCUUCAGAUUUUGGGACAUCAAAUUCAACUACUGAUAACAAGAAAAUGAAAUUAAACAUUGAUUUUAACAACAACAACAACGGUGGUAAUGGCAGUGGUAGUGAUGACAAUAGUAGCGGUAGUGGAAGUGGAAGUGUUAAUGGUCAUAGUCAUGGUAAUGGUAAUGGUCAUGGUAAUGGUACUACAACUACAGUGAAGAAGAAACAUACUAGAAGAAGAUUAUUACCACGAUCGAAAAAAGGUUGUUGGAUUUGUCGAAUUAAACAUUUAAAAUGUGAUGAAAUUACUCCAAUUUGCGGAGGUUGUGCUAAAUUUGGAUUACAAUGUGAUUAUAGUUCAGAAAAACCUGAUUAUGUUACUGAUAAAAUAUUACGACAAGAGAAAUUAAUUGAAGUUUCAUUGAUUAGGAAAAGAAAUCAAACUAAAACUAAAACUAAUACUAAUACUAAUACGAAAAUGAAAAUGAAAACUAAAAUUUCUAAAAAAAAAUCAAAUAAUGAUAUGAUAAAUGAUUUUACUUAG